GAACUCUGGGAAGUUUGGUCAACUUUAGCCCAACAAGCUAGCAAGCAGAAAAGACGGCGAGACCUCAAGCAAAACUUCUUUUUUGUGGCGUAGAAGUUACAUUUAGACGGAACCUCAUACCCCACAGUGAAGUGCAAACAACUCCCAAUGGAUUUAAUGCGUUUUUUGUCGCUGCAUUCGCCCUAACCGGAGCGUUAGGAGACUUUGGAAGAAGUUGUGAUUGUUUUUUUUUGGCGCUCGAGGAAAGAUGGAGGCUCUGCUCGUGUAGCAGCAGGCUAACGCUAAUGCUAGCUGGAAUCGUCCGGGCGUCAGUCGGAAUUGCUCGGUGUGAAUUUCCGACACAUUUGGACGCUACUUUGACCACUUUGUGUGCGUGUAUGUGCUGGUCUGACCAACAUCAUUGCUGUGAGGCGUGACGAAGAUAGCGUGCUGAUGACCGUCAUUGGACCUCUGACCAUGGAGGAAGAUCUUAGGUUCUGUCAUCAUCCAAAACGUGCAAAGGUGCAGUGAGGAACCAUGGGUAGCUGCUCAAGCUGUCCAGAGAAAGAGUUGAUCCCAGAUAAUCAUCAAAGUAAAUUCAAGGUGAUCAACGUGGACGACGAUGGGAACGAGCUGGGCUCUGGUGUGAUGGAGCUGACUGACGCCGAGCUGGUCCUCCACACGCAUCGCCGUGACGACGUCAAGUGGCCCUACCUGUGCCUGCGUCGCUAUGGUUACGACUCCAACCUCUUCUCCUUUGAGAGUGGGCGGCGCUGCCAGACAGGCCAAGGCAUUUUUGCUUUCAAAUGUUCGCGAGCUGAAGAAAUCUUCAACAUGCUGCAGGAAGUAAUGCACAGUCACAGCAUCAGCGUGGUGGAGGAGGCAGUUCUAGAACCCAACCACCAGGGGGCACUAUCUCCUGCAGCUCUGGGAUACUCUGUUCCGACGGUCCCAAACGGAGUGUCCAGGAUCCCGUCAGUUGGUGAUGUGCCGUCUCACCCCUCCAGCCGACAUCCAUCUGUGGCCAGCACGCGUCUUCCGUCGGUGGGAGAAGAGUCCACACACCCCCUACUGGUGGCUGACGACAAUGUCCACACGUAUGUCAACACGACAGGUCUUCUGGAGGAGCAGCCCAGCCCGCUAACAGUCACCACACCGCUGGAGAGUCCCACCUCCCCCCAGGCCCGCUGCCCGCCCACUCCUCCACCCCCUCCUCGGGUCAGCAUCGACGUACGACCUCCCCCAGAACCCCAGGUACUGCUGGAGCCCCAGGGUGUGCGUUUUGUGCUGGGCCCCACCCCUGUUCAGAGACGGCAGCAGGAGGCCAGUGAGACUCAGGAGGCUCAAGAGACCAAUGGUCACGCCGCUCCCGAUGAGCUGCCUGCCAUGCCGUCCGCCGCCCAGUCAAAUGGUUCGUCGACCAAUCCAGCUGCAGCUCCUCGCCGCCACCGCCCGCCCCCGCUGACCCCUGACCUGCAGAAUGUCAACAACUCGGCGCAGCGCCGCACAGCCCUGCUGGACUAUGAGAACCUUCCGGCACUCCCGCCUGUGUGGGAGGCCAGGAAGCCAAGCUGGGAGGACGAGGAGGGUGGCGGCCUCAAAACACCAUCGCUCAACGGCUUCAACCAUUCGCAUCACUGCUGCCCCCUCCCGCUUUCCGCAGCCUUGGAGCCUUCACAUAACUACGUGAACACGGAGAAUGUGACGGCACCGCUGAGCGCGCACCGGCCCGACACGGCUCGCCGCCGCACUGACGGACCAACAAUCUUCAACUUUGACUUCCGCCGGCUGCCUGGUCACACCGAGCCACCCAAGACACUCAACUACAUCGAGGUGGAGAUGGACAACGGGGGUGGGAACAGAGGCGCCUCAGACGGCAGCAACCCCCACACGCCACGCACUCCCACCUCGCCAAUGCCCCCCACUACCCCAACACGCCGCACGGAGCUAUACGCCCUUAUUGACAUUGAGCGUACGGCUGCCAUGUCCAAUCUACAGAAAGCGCGGCCACGAGAUGACGGCACGUCGCGCAAGACGCGGCACAACAGCACCGAGCUGCCCACUAAGAGCGCAGCGUGAUUGCGCCCCCUCAUGGGACUUCCUGAGUCACUGACACAGUUGUGGUCAUGUGACCCACUUGAUGAGAGCAUUCCUCUUCUUCUAUGGUACAAAUCAGUAUUACUGAAGCAAGCAUUCCAAUGAGCGACUCACGCUGCUGUAACUUCCUGGUACACAACUUCCUGUUUUGAUUCCGCCACAAUAAAAGUAUCUUCUUUGUAUUUGGA